UUUAGUGAGAGAUACGAGAAUACCACGUAACCUGUCCGGCAAGUGUCAAAAGCCCGUGGAAAAUCCUCAAAAAAAUCUCCAAUCCCUGCCCUCAAGAAGCGGAGUGAUACCAGAGAUAAUUGAAGAAUAAUUGCCGUCGCGAUGUAACGCAAAAGUUCUAAACCCAUGGAAAAUCCUUCAAAAGCACCAGCAAUCAGCGAGACAACGAAAAUUCCGGUGCUCCACCUGAAAAACCCGGACUACCCAAAUAAUCAUUAAAAAAAAUAAAAAUGCCAAAACAAGUGGCAGUGGAGGACCUGGUGAUUCCACCUCAGGACGGCCGUAUCUGCGGUACAAUAUGCAUCUGCCAGAUGACAGCUGUCCUGUCAUCAGUUGCCUUAGUCUACUUGGCAGUUGCCGUGUACAUGCCAACGACAAGAGCAGUUGCAUCAGGAAUAGCUCCAGUACCAGUGAUGUGUACGACAAUUAGAACAGUGAAUGCAGACAGCUGUGACUGGGGUAGCUGCGGUGAAUGGUGUUUAUCGAAGACAUCGGGACCCUGCGCCCAGAUCCACGUCAAUCUCCGUAGGAAUGGCUCAACGAUAAUCCUAGCCAACUGCACCAACACCACCAACAAAACAUGCUAUGGCAUUGACCAGGAGAAUGCAAAAAAAGCCAAGUGCAUAGCCGACGAGUGCCGUAAUUUAACCGGUACCUUCAACUGCACUGCAGGUUUCUGCAUGAACGUGACUGAUGCCUUUGAGUGCUCAUUCAGCGAUACAGAUCCACCCCUCAAGUGCUCAGGCAAAAGAGGGAAGAUCACCUGCAUCGCAAUCGAUGGUUUAUUCAACUGCAAUCGAGGUACUUGCGAGAGAAUAAGAACGCCUUACAACUGCGACAGAAGAUGCGUUGAUAUUCCAACGAGAAACAAGAAUGUUAUUCUCCUGAGUGGUGACAAGGUUUACCUCAGCCAGUGUGAGAGAGCGAUUGAUGUUGAGAGCGGCAAGGAGAUCUGGCAUGAGAAUCGUGGUGAUGUGAUGAUGGCAUCGUGCUAUGGAAUAUUUAAUUCAAGUCUCGGUGUUGAGGCUGUUGACUGCAUCAAUGGUUCUGUCCUGGAGAAGGAUAUGCUUACUGAUCUUACAAAUUUCACGUACCUGUCUUAUUUGAAUCUUUACGCUACGAAGCCACUCGAUGAGACUGGAACAAUAGCACCUCCUGAGCACAGCCUCAUUCUCGCUAAUGAGAGCCGAUUGCUUAUUAAUCUUGAGGGAUGUGUCAAUACCCUCAGGGAUGAGUGCAGAGAUUUUCUCCAUGAGUAUGGAAAAGAUGGAUCUGAUCACAAUGCUCGGGCACGCUUUCCCUGCUUCUAUGCCAAGGAUAAGACAGGUGUUGUGGUCUCGAGGUUUGAUCUUGAUAACACGUGGAAGGAAUUUCUCAUUGCUUUUAUUCUGCCAUUUGUACUGUUCGUUGUCAGCUGUUUGACACUCAUCUGCAUUCAGAGGACCAUUGUCGUUGGGGAUGACGCCAGGAUGAGGUUCAAGGGACCUGGAGCACUCAAUGAAAUUCAUAAGAGUGCCAGUGGUAAUUUGGGGGAUGCAGGGGGAGGUGAUUCCGUUAUGGCACUCUGAGAUCCGUCACGCAUUCCCCUCCUGGAGGAGAGCCCGGCUCGCCAAUCGAUAUUCUCCCUCCGUGGACACUACUAAGUGUGCGACUUGGUCGGAGGGUGGGGGGAGGGGAACGCGUGAUUAAUUAAGAGAAUUAAAAUUAAAAACCUCAAAAUUUUAGGUGAAAAUUUACGAUUAAUUAUCAAAAAUAUGAUUGACCGGACAAUUAAUUGAAUUGAGUGAGAGAAAAUAAUGAAUUUUCAAACUGGCACUGCCGAUAAAAUUAUAACCGAACGGGAUUAAUUAUCAAAUUAAAUGAGGAAUAAAUUUGAAUGAGUUAGACACGUGUUCAUAGGUCAGUUAAUCAUGGGGGAGAAAAUCGAAGUGGAAGAAUGAUUUUUAGAAUUUCACAUUCAAUUGCAAUAAGAUAUACCACGAAUUACCGAUUUUUCACGCUUUCACGGCAAACGGACGUGCUCAGCUGAUUCAAUAACCGAUUGUUUAACGAUUUACAAGUAAUUCCUGAUUUUAUUAAUCCAGGGUUUUACGAUAAACGUAAAGUUAUUUACUAGUUAAUAAUUCAUGAAGUUGAGAGGGAUUAAACGAUAAACCAGGACACGGUGGUAUUUUUGGGGUAAAAGUAAAUGAUUAAUUUUUGGGACUUAUAGGGGAUUGAGGGGGAGAGAGGAAAAGUAAUUUUUUAAAUAUGGGGGAGGACUGCUGAUCAAGGGGUUGAGUGGGAAGAGAAAUUUUUGGAUUAUUUUCGUCGCGAGUGGAGGAAAAAUAAAUCAUUUAACCUGGAGUCGGAGGAGGAGUCCCGCUGUGAGUUGGGGGACUUGAGACGAAGGGUGGAGAAGUACGGAUACAUAAAUCGAGGUUCCUUGGGUCGUUUCGACCCAAGUGCUGCCUCGAUAAUUGAUUCCGACGAGUCAACGGUGA